AUGGCCCGUAACAAAGACAGCCUAAUUCGUUGGACAGCCAUCAAGGGAAAGCUCUUUCUCCGAUCCUCUAAGCCAUCCACUCUUUUCCACAUCGUUCAUACCAACAAUGUGGAAGACCUUGCCGCCAUCGUUAUUCAAUCAUUGUUUAGGGGCCAUCUUGCGAGACGAGCAUACAGGGCACUGAGAAGCCUGGUGAAGCUACAAGCCGUUGUUCGUGGAGUGGUGGUGAGAAGGCAAGCACGUAUUGCCCUCCACUGCAUGCAUGCACUUGCUCGACUUCAGGUUACUGUGCGGGCCCGCCAGCUGCUACUCAUCAACAGCUAA